AUGUUGUGCCGACGACGUCUGAAGCUUUUAGUAGCAUCUUUAACGACUAUGGUGCUGCUUACUGGGCUCUACCUUCUAUCUGGAAACUUGGAGAAUGGUUGGACCCUGUUUCUUCCUCCCUGUUUGGCUGACACACCUGUCUCUCAAUUCUUGGACCGAGCCAUUCUCGAGUCACGGGUUAGAGAAGUGGAAGAAGAGAACAGACAAAUCAGACUACAGCUUAGCCAGUCACAGAGCACUGAUACCCAGUCAGCCGAGAGAAACUAUGGCAACCAGCAGUGGGGCACCUCUGCUGACAUUGGACCAGAGGAUGGGGACAACACAGCUGAGGAGAGGAAUAAUCACACUGACUGUCCAAGAUUGCCUACCGUCCACAAGUGUGAGGUAAUUCAUGUUGCCUGCGUUUGUGCUGGACACAACGCCAGUAGAGAAAUGGUUACACUAGUCAAGAGUGUCCUCUUUCAUAGGAGAAACCCUCUUCAUUUUCAUUUUAUCACUGAUGCUGUGGCCAAACAAAUUUUGAGCUCCUUGUUUCAAUCCUGGAUGGUCCCGUCUGUGCAAGUUAGCUUUUACGAUGCAGAAGAACUCAAGUCCAAGGUUUCUUGGAUACCAAACACGCAUUACUCAGGAAUUUAUGGCUUGAUGAAGCUGACUCUAACCAAAGCCCUGCCACUUGACCUGCAAAAAGUUAUUGUCCUGGACACAGACAUCACAUUUGCGACUGAUAUUGCUGAGCUCUGGGGUAUUUUCAGAAAGUUCACAGACAAACAGGUUAUUGGUCUUGUGGAAAACCAGAGCGAUUGGUACCUUGGAAACCUAUGGAAAAAUCACAAACCGUGGCCUGCACUUGGCCGAGGCUUCAACACAGGUGUCAUUCUCCUAUACCUGGAGCGGUUGCGACAAAUCAGAUGGGAGCAGAUUUGGCGUCUGACAGCAGAGAGAGAGUUAAUGAGCAUGCUCAGUACAUCUCUUGCUGACCAGGACAUCUUCAAUGCAUUCAUAAAGCAGAAUCCAGUCUUAGUCUAUCAGCUGCCCUGUUUCUGGAAUGUUCAGCUGUCCGAUCACACUCGCUCUGAACUGUGCUACACUGAGGUUUCCGAUCUCAAGGUGAUCCACUGGAACUCUCCAAAGAAGCUUCGUGUGAAGAAUAAGCAUGUAGAGUUUUUCAGGAAUCUUUACCUGACAUUUUUGGAGUAUGAUGGAAAUCUGCUGCGGUGGGAACUGUUUGGCUGUUCGAGUCAGGCAAGCCCUGAAAGCAUCAAGUUGCAGACUGCUCUGGAGGAGCUGGAUGAGGACGAUCAGUGUUAUGAGUUCCGCCGUGAGCGGCUCACUGUUCACAGAGUCCAUCUUUACUUCCUGCAAUAUGAAUACACACCCACAGAAGAUGAGAAUGAUGUCACUCUCGUGGCCCAACUCUCCAUGGAUAGGCUGCAGAUGCUGGAGGCCAUUUGCAAGCAUUGGGAAGGACCCAUCAGCCUGGCGCUGUACAUGUCUGAUGCAGAAGCUCAGCAGUUCCUACGCUUUGCUCAAGCCUCGGAGGUCCUGAAAAAACGUAAGAAUGUCGGCUAUCACAUUGUUUAUAAGGAGGGCCAAUUCUACCCCGUCAACCUGGUGAGGAAUGUUGCCAUGAAGAAUGUAAACACUCCCUACGUUUUCUUGACGGAUGUGGACUUCUUACCAAUGUAUGGUCUCUACAAUUAUCUUAGAAAAACUGUCAUGCAAUUGGACAUGGCAAAUAAUAAGAAGGCUUUGGUGGUUCCAGCUUUUGAGACACUGCGUUAUCGCUUGUCCUUCCCCAAAUCCAAAGCAGAGCUACUCUCCAUGCUGGACAUGGGGACACUCUAUACUUUCAGGUAUCACGUGUGGCCUAAAGGCCAUGCCCCUUCCAACUAUGCAAAAUGGAGGACAGCCACCACACCAUAUAAAGUUGACUGGGAGCCCGACUUUGAACCUUACGUUGUGGUGAAACGACAUUGUCCGGAAUAUGAUCAACGCUUUGUGGGUUUUGGCUGGAACAAGGUUUCCCAUAUCAUAGAGCUGGAUGCGCAGGAGUACGACCUUAUGGUUCUACCAAAUGCUUUCAUGAUCCACAUGCCCCACGCCCCCAGCUUUGAUAUCUCCAAGUUUCGCUCGAGCUCUAGCUACCGCAAUUGCUUGAACACCCUCAAGGAGGAGUUCCACCAGGACUUAUCCAGGAAGUAUGGCUCAGCCGCUCUCAAGUACCUUACCGCCCAAAGGAACAUCUAA